CAACAUGGCGGUUAUGUCGCUGGCUUGAGAGUGUGGAGGAAACCGCGUAAGUCAAGACAAUUACGGGUCUAGUUCAGCGACGGAGAGCGGAUUAAAAGAAGGGAGCGUGUAGACUGCGGGUGUUGGCUUUUUUUUUGGAAAUGAAGGGAAAAGAGCGGUCGCCGGUGAAAAAACGCUCUCGGGCGCCAGAUGACGGCAGAGACCGAGGAGGAAGCCACCCGGGCGGCAAGAAGAGCGGAGCCGUGUCGACGGUCGGCAGCAACAACAACGGCAACGGCGCUGCUCACGGCGGGGCUUCGUCCAGGAGAAGUUUGCACAGUGACAAGAGAGACAUGAGGGAGUCAGACGGACACAACUCAAGCAGUCGGACCGGUAGCGGCUACGACUACGGGGCCGUUUCGGGGAACAAGACCUACGGCAGCGCGGACAUCGACGCGGAAACAUCCAGGUCCGGUUCACGCAGCGAGCCGCGGCCUCCGUCCAACCCCGAAAACGAGUACAAGACCCUGAAGAUAAGUGAACUGGGCAACCAGCUGAACGACGAGGACAUAGAGGACGGGUUGUUUCACGAGUUUAAGAGGUUUGGAGACGUCAGCGUGAAAAUAAGUCGAGAAAACGACGACAGGGUGGCGUAUGUGAACUUCAGGAGGCCGGAUGACGCCCGGUCGGCCAAACACGCCCGCGGUAAACUGGUGCUGUACGACCGGCCUCUGAAGAUAGAGACGGUGUACACCAACAGACUCAGGAGCCGCUCCCCGGUUUCAAAAGACAAUUUCUCCCCAGGACAGAGGCAUCUUCACUCCCAGAGGCCCCUGUCUCCCUCUGGUAUGGGAUACAGAGACUACCGAUUACAGCAGCUGGCUCUUGGCCGUCUCCCCCCUCCUCCUCCUCCUCCACCUCCUCCUCCACCACCUCACAUCAGAGAUCUGGAGAGAGACAGAGAUUUCUCAGUGUACGAUGCCAGGACUAGACCCCCGUUCAUCCCUGAGUGUGCAGUUUUCCGCGAGGAGGACCUGAUGACCCCUGAGGAUGACCAGAGGGCAAACAGGACUUUGUUUCUGGGCAACCUGGACGUCGGUGUGACGGAGAGCGACCUGAGGAGGGCGUUCGACAGGUUUGGGAUGAUAACGGAAGUGGAUAUAAAGCGGGCAGUGCGAGGCCAGAGCAACACCUACGGAUUCAUCAAGUUUGAGAAUCUUGACAUGGCUCAUCGUGCCAAAGUUGCGAUGUCAGGGAAAGUGGUGGGGCACAACCCGAUUAAGAUUGGCUAUGGCAAACCCACGCCCACGACCAGGCUGUGGGUGGGGGGCCUCGGACCCUGGGUUCCACUCGCUGCACUAGCCAAGGAGUUUGACCGCUUUGGUACCAUCAGGACUAUAGACUACAGGAAAGGUGAAGUCUGGGCUUACAUCCAGUAUGAGAGUUUGGAUGCUGCUCAGGCUGCAUGUACUCACAUGAGGGGCUUCCCUCUCGGCGGCCCCGACAGGAGACUGAGAGUGGACUUUGCGGAUACAGAGCACCGCUACCAGCAGCAGCAGUACGUGCAGCUCCCACUCCCCCUGCCGCACUAUGACUUUGUUCCUGAGCCCUUUGCCCACCACCUUACAGACUCGGUGAGAGUGAGGGACAGGUCCCCUCCACUACCCACUCGCUUCAGAGAAAGGAACCUGUACACCAGCGCUGAAUGGUCUGGCUUGGGUGUCCAUGACAGGAUACGAGGAGCAGGCUUUGAUCCCAUAGACCGCCUGGAAAGGCGUUCCCAUGAGACCUGGUCAAUAGAGCAUGCGUUACAAGGCAGAGAUCUAAACCGCAAAAGGAGACAUUUGGAUGGUGGCAGCCGGCUAGAUCAUUCACCUGACAAAAUCGACUUUGGUCUGCGCCGUCAUGGCAACUCAUUAGAGCGCAGCCCUGGUGGGGGCAACCGAGACGGGGGACGCUACAGUGACCCUGAACGCCCGCCUCGCCCUGGCAGACCCUCCCCUGUCAGAGAACGCCAGAACACUGGCUUUGGAGACAAGAGAAGAAAAACGCUUAGCCCGGCUGCGCCAGGCUCCUGUUCUGAGAAGGACCGCAAACGCAAAGCAAGUGACUCGUCUAAGAGCCCGGCUAAGAAGGAGGAUCGCUUAGAACAUCUUCCCUCCUCUUAUUCCUCCAAGUCUGGACAGCUGUCAAAGCCGGCAGCUGGAGGACAAAAGCUGGGUCAGGUCUGGCAGGGGGUCCUCCUGCUGAAGAAUAGCAGCUUUCCCACAUCCCUGCACCUGCUGGAGGGGGACAUGGCGGUGGCUACUAGUCUGCUGCUGCAGGGCUCCAAAGGGGGUCAAGCAUCCCAGCUGAAGAUCAGCCAGCGACUGCGACUGGACCAACCAAAGCUGGAUGAAGUUUCGCGACGCAUCAAGGCGGCCGGCUCCACUGGAUACGCCAUCCUUCUGGCCGUGCCGGGGAAAUGUGAAGAUGGAGGGAUCCAGGACGCCAGCAGCUCAGCGGAGAGGCCGCUAAAGAAUCUGGUGUCCUAUCUGAAGCAGAAGGAGGCAGCCGGCAUCAUCAGCCUCCCUGUGGGGGGCAGCAGCCGUGACAAGGACCACGCAGGAGUCCUUCACGCUUUCCCCCCAUGUGAGUUCUCACAGCAGUUUGUGGAUGCCUCUGCCAAAGCCUUUGCCAAAUCAGAGGAUGACUACAUGGUGAUGGUCAUUAUCAGAGGAGCGUCAUGAUGAAAAAUAAAAAUCUAAAUGUCUCCUUUCACACUCUUGAACUGUUAAACUGUGAGUUGUAAAAACAGGGAGAAGUAACAACAAAACAGAGUAACAGGAAAUUAUAAUUAAUGAUAAUUUUAUAUUUCCUAACCUGCAUGGUAGCUUGUAUCUCAUCCUGUUGAAGAUUUAUAUCAAUGAAAGGCAUGUUCAAUUUAAAAGGUUUUGAUAAAUUGAUACAUUUGAUUAUUAAUUCAGGUGACAUGCUGCUUUCUGCUUUUUAGUUCAGAUUCAGAUUAAUGUACAUUACUUGAAGGGUACUCUGCUAAAGUAUUUCAGAGAAAGCUAAAGUUCUGUAAAUCAAUGCUAUAUGUUGCCUUAACUCAUUUGAAAAGAAACACAAUUCCUUCAUAUGAUUCCAUACAAUGCAAUGAGUAUUUUGCUUUAACUUAAUCUGUAAUCAGCAUAGAUUUAACCGGCCAGUGUUGACACAUUUGUAAUGCUAUAAUGUUUGUACAGUCAGCCUUUAAAAAAAAAUUAAAUCAAACUCGUACAUAUGAUUUAGGAUGUAUAUCCAUUUGCUCUAAAGCUUUAACCAUUGCUCAUUAAUAGGAUUACUCCAGAUGUGCAUCUGUAUUACUUUUUUGCUGACCAAGUAAACAUUUUGAUUCAAUGUGUCAUUAUAUAACAGCUUUUCUAUUUUUUGUCAGUUUUGGCCAGUCCUGUUAAAGGUUAAAGAAAAUUGUGGAAAAAGAUUGUGUUAAGAAACAGAAGGUCAUUGAGGGUUUUAGCACAAUAUAUUCCAUUAAUAAUCCAUAAAACGUCUGGAGGUUUAUGUGACUUUACAAGUUGAAGUUUACAAGGUUUCACUCAUCAUUGUUAGAUGUAUUCGGGGGUGGACACAAGCAGCAUCACCUGUUCAUCAUAAUGCAGUUCAACACAACAACCUUGCAAAGAAACCUGCCCUUAUGAAGCCAAUUAUGUUUAGUUUUGAUUUAAAUUGUAUUUAGAGAGCCGAUUUUAAGUUCUAUUUUUAUUUCUGACCCUAAGGUGUGCUAUUGAACUGCAUUGUGUCGUAACUGCAUUAUUUUCAUUAUUGAUUAAGCUACGGGUUCCUUUAUUGAAUAAUUGAUUAAUUAUUUGGUCUAUAAAACAUUAGAAAAAAUGUUGGUCUUCAAAUAGCAUUUAACUGUCCUACCAACCAUCCAAAACCCAGAGAUAUAUCAAUAUAUAACUGAUUAAUUCACCAAUUAUCAUAAUUGAAUAUCAAUUGGCUAAUAUAUUGUAUGUCUGUUCAUAUUAUACAGGGUUGCUUUUUUUGUCCACCCCUUUUAUAUUGAACUUUUAUUGGCAUCAUAUUCAGUCGAGUUGAACAGUAAUUGGUUGAUCAAAUUCUUCACCUUUCUUUCGUUAUAAUCCACUCAUUACAAUAAGUACCCCAGCAAAGCAUGUACUGUUUCAGAAAAACACGAUAUAACCUAUAAAGUAAGAGGUUUAUUUAGGCUCUGCCAUGCACGUCUCUAAUGAUCAGGAGUCUAGAAGUAGAAAAUAUUGCUAUAUUCUCAGUGGACUUCUAAUUGACUGAGAGAGGAGAGAAGGCCAUUCUCCAGUGGCCUUAUACCCGCAUUCCUCUGUAAGGACUGUUCAAUUGUUUUUUCAUGCUUUGAUUUGAUUACUGUGUUUCAAACGGAGAAAAAAGAAAUGAUGUGUGCUGUAUACUCAGGAUAUCUGGAGAGAGAAAUGGAGAACAUCAGUGCUCAUGGGCCUAAGAAGUAUACCUAACUGUCAAAGUGCAACAUGCACUUGAUAGAUUUUGUCUCAAUAAAUUUACUCUUUCGUGGGAAACACGACUG